AUGGACAAAGACUGCGAUAUGGUAUAUAAAAAUGUUUCUGACCUUUACAAAUCCGAAGAAUUUAAGACCUACGACAACUUUGUUUCGUUAGUUGCAAAAUGUGUAUGGCAGAUAAGAGAUAAAGAUAGAAGAGGUAAAGUAUGGAACGAACAAAUAAAACCAGCAACUUUUGAGUUAAAGAAAACCAUUGACGCCUUAGUUGUACUUGCAGGUCAAAUUUCAAUGUACAAUGCUAAAAUGAACCCACAAUGUUCUAAAUGUAAAGCAGCAAUGAGGAAAUAUAACUACUCCGUCAAAGAGAUAGAACGUAUGCGAAACGACUAUGCAGAUUUAAAGAAAGAAGCAGAGAAACCAGCAGAAGAUAAAAUGGACAUGUUGACAUUUCUGAACAAAAACUAUCCAACUGCUGACGAUUUCCUUCUAUCUGACGUCAAGAAGAAGUAUAAAGAAACUUUCGGUAUCGUUAAAACAUUCGAUGUACUGACAGAAGAAAUAGAAGCUACGAAAUUGUUUAGGAUUUCAAAUAUACAUCAUACAAUUCAUGUAAAACGCUUAUAA